UACAUAUGGUUUCAACGGAGAAGGCAUCGACGAAAUCGUGGCGGAAUGUGUUGGCCCCGUAAGCUGAAGUGUGUUUUUCUCUUUGCAUAUAUCUCAAUUAUGCAGGUGAAGACAAACAUCCUCGUACGUGUAAGUUCCACCUCAGCCCACGUCGUACACGUGGCGGGCUGCGGCCAGACCUCUACGAGACGGUCAUCAUCCUUCUUAUGCCCGCCCACUUCCUCCACCCUACGUGCCCUCUCCUCUGCUCCUCACCCACGACGUGUCACACCAGGUGUCCCCUCUUACCUUCUGCCACGACACCAACUGCCGCCCUCGCUUCCCUUUUAAGCGUCCUCACCAUCUUUCCAUCGCAAAAUUCACUCUUUGGCGAAGAGAAGAGAUCGUGGCACGCAUAAUGGCUUCAGGGCAACAAGUCAACAGGGAGGAGGAGGUUUCCAGAGAAGAGGAACGAGCCAAGAGGGAGGCCAUGUCGCUGGAGGAGAUCGGCCACUACCGCGCCACCGCUCAGCAGAACUCCAUCGAGUCCAUCAGGGCCGCGGAGGAGCGGUACGAGAAGGCCAAGCAUGCUGGCUUGGCGACGGUCCACCACGCCAAAGAAACCGUCGUCCACGGCCUCGGCGCCGCGGGGGCUUAUGCCGCCGCCAAAGGCACCGAGGCGAAGGAUUAUGCGGGCGAGAAAGCCCGCGGUGCAGCUGAAGUUGCUGCGCAGAAGGCUGCCGCAGCAAAGGAUGUCACCAUCGAAAAGGGCCGACAGGGGCUCGAAGUCGCAAAGGAUACCGCGGCCCAGGCGGCGGCGAAGUCGAAGGAUGUCGCCGUGAGCGCAGGUGAGACUGCGGCAGAUUAUGCAAAACAGGCGGCGGUGAAGGCCAAGGACGUGACUGUUGGCACUGGUGAGACCGCAAUGGAGUAUGCAAAGGAAACGGCCGCGAAGACGAAGGAUGUGACUGUGUACACGGGCCAGACCGCAGCGGACUACGUGAAGCAGGCAGCCAUGAAGACGAAGGAUGUCACGGCCGGUGCGGGCGAGACAGCCAUAGAUUACGCCAAGCAGGCAGUGGAGAAGGCAAAGGAUGUGACGAUAAGCACCGGGCAGACUGCUGCUGAGUUCGCGCAGCUAGCAGCUGCAAAGACAAAGGAUGCGACGCUGAGUGCAGCAGAUUACGCGCGCGAGAAGGCCGUGGGAGCGAAGGAUACAGCUGCUGAGACAACGCAGAGAACCACAGAGGAGGUAAAGGAGACCGCGAAGGCCAUGGGUCACGGAGCUAUGGAGAAGGCGGAAGAGGCCAAGGAAGCAGCAAAGGACACAGGCGGAAGAGCCAUGGGAUACACAAGUAACAAGGCAGAGGAUGCAAUGGAGGCCGCUAGGGCUAUGGCUCGGAAAGCCGUGGAGAAAGCUCGGGAAGCCAGGGAAGCAGCGAAAGGCACGGGCGAAGAAGCCAUGAGGAAAGCAAGAGCGAAGGCAGAGGAGGCAAUAGAGGCAGCCAAGAGAGCCCUGGAGUACGCAGCGUUCAAGGGAGGGGAAGAACAGGAGUACACUGACGAGAAAGCAUCCGAAGCAAAGGAAAAACGAGGAGAGAAGACCGAAGAGGCCAAGAGAAUCAUGGAGGGAGCAAAACAGGAAGCAGGAGGAGGAGAAGCCAUGGAGACCGGAGAUGAAGCUAAACACUACAAGGAAGAGAAAGCUACCGAACCACAGAAAGUAGAGGCAGGGGAAGGAGGAGGAGGAGGAGGAGAAGAAACCAAGCCAGCGAAGAUCCCUGCGGCGGUAAUAGAGGUCACAAUGCAAGAGGCGAUUGAUUCCACUGCUGCUGCCGGGGAGCUACUGGAAACCAUUGGCGUGGCAGUCACCGAAAUUGCCAUGUCUACAGCUGAUAUGAUCAUCGGAUUAGAGGCAGAAGAGAAGAGAGGUGAAUGAAUGCAUUAGACAGCAGUUCCAAAUAAUUAGGCCUUUCACUUGUGUGCUGUGUCCAGAGAUAAAAAUAGAAUGGUGGAGUUGUAUGUGGAUCAAAUGGCGUCGCGCCAUCUUUACAUGAGUAGUAAUAGUAGAUCAUGCUUGCCUAGCGAGAUGUAGACCUGCAAUAGAGCUUGUGGUGGUGGUGGUGUGGGCUCUGUAACCGGAGACUGUGAGCUUUGUCCUUCAGUUCCUGGAAUGCUCGCAUGGUUUCUACAUCGAAACCUCCUGCAAACUGGCGAUGAUGGAAGAAGAAAAAUUGAUGAUAA